AUGGCGACACAAACGGAAGCUCCACUGGCAGCGCUGACCGUUGUUGACCAUACAUUUGGCACCCAGUUGAGAAGUCUAAUAUCCCGGGCAAGGAAGCUCGAUCUCGAUGCGCUUAAGAUCGAAAGUGCCCAGUCAGAGUCAUCAAUUGACGUGGUAGUAUUACGAUAUUCAGAAGCACUACGCAAAAUCUCAAAGACUACAGAAGCCGAUGCACUCGAUGAUGCACGAGGAAAAAUCAUUGACAGCAAGAAUUUUGGUGGACUUGAUUUGCGAGGAGUGACGAAACCAUCUGCUGAGCAGCAAAGCGAAGCACUCUUCUUGGUUGAAUCAUGGCUCGAAACCAUCACUUCUCGUGAGAAGUCGUUGAAUUAUUUGUCUUGUCGGACAUCCUCAGUACCAGGGGUUCGCCCAAUGACUGCAGCACAGAAAAUAUUCGCUCAACACGUUAUAGGGGAAAAGCCUAAGAGUGGUCUAGCUGCAGGUGAUGUCGUGAGAGUGGGUGUAGACUGGAUAUUGUCUUCAGAGCUCUCUUGGGGAUCAAUGAAUAGGAUACACAAAGACUUCGGAUCUCCGGGAAUAUGGCGCAAUGACAGAUUCUGGCUUGCUGGAGACCACGUCGUCCACCCAGAUGUAGCGUCACAUCCCAAAAUCAAGGCCAUGGUUGAGGCAUCGGAGCGCGCAAAAAGGGACUUCAAGAUGACCGAAUACCAAGGCAUGAACUAUACCAUCAUGCACACCGAAUUUGUGCGUGAACGAGUAGAGCCGGGAAUGUUGGCAAUCGGAGCAGAUUCUCAUACGUGCUCAGGUGGUGCAGUUGGCUGUCUCUCAAUUGGACUGGGAACCGCCGAUGUUAUGAUGACACUAGCGCUUGGAGAGACGUGGUUCAAAAUACCAGAGUCAAUCUUAAUCGAAUUUGUUGGUAAGCCGGCUUUCGGGAUGUCAGGGAAAGAUGUCAUCCUCCACAUCCUGAAAGAGUUGAAGAGGAAUACAGUGGCAGCUGAACGCAUCGUCGAAUUCUCUGGGGAAGGCCUGAAAUAUCUGUCCUGUGAUGCAAGAUUCGCCAUCGCCAACAUGUGUACCGAGUUUGGAGCGAUCACAGGGAUGUUUGUGCCAGACCGUAUCACCAGUGACUAUGUCUCUAGACGGCGGCGAAAGGCGAACAAGACGAGCUCGCUAUAUUUCAGACCAGACCCUGAUGCCCACUAUGCUGGCCGGUACACCAUUAAUUUGUCUGACGUCGAGGCAUCAAUAGCUGUCUAUCCAAAACCCGAUGAUGUGGUACCAGUAUCAGAAAAAGCUGGGACAAAGCUCGAUGGAGUUUUUAUUGGGGCUUGCACCACAACGGAAGAAGAGCUUGUACUAGGUGCCCUGGUGCUGAAAGUGGGGUUGGAACGGAAACUCCCUCUGGCAAAAGGGAAAAGGCAUUAUGUCCCCGGAUCUCUGCCGAUAGUGGAAAAGUUGAGAGAGUUGAAAUUGCUUGAGGUUUAUGAAGCGGCAGGCUUUACUCGUGGACCACCAGGUUGCUCGUAUUGUGUUGGCCUUUCUGCUGAGAAGGCUUCAGAGGGUGAGACGUGGCUCAGUUCGCAGAAUCGCAAUUUCGAGAACAGGAUGGGCAAAGGUGCUUUUGGACAUGUAACGUCCGCGAUCGUGUGUGCAGCAUCCAGCUUUAGCAUGUCAAUCACCAGUCCGGCAGAAUUUCUCAAGGAGCUCGAUACCGUUUUCUUCCAGCAGUAUCGCCAGCUUCCCGAUUUUGAUCUCGCGCCGAUCGAGUAUUCUGAGCCUGAUUUACUGUCCAGUCUGACAAUUCAGAUUCCACAACAAGACAGCAUAACGGGAAACGGCAAUACAAAGCCCCCAAAGCAGCUUGAAAAGAUCAUCAGCAAGGUGGUAGUUCUGCCAGAUUUCGUGGAUACUGAUGCUUUGGCACCAGGUCCAACACUCACGACUUGUACAACAGACGAAGAAUUUGGACAACAUGUACUCGAAUACACCCAUCCGGAUUUUCGAGAAAGGGUUCGGAAUGGACAGCAAAUAGUAGUUGCAGGUCACGCGUUUGGUGUAGGCUCGAGCCGAGAAGUGGCAGUAUCGGCAUUGAAAGGUGCCGGUGUAAAAGCUGUGAUUGCUCGCUCCUUUGCCUUCAUAUAUGGAAGAAAUCAACCCAGUCUCGGUCUUCUCGGAGUUGCAAUUGACGAUGACGAAUUUCAUCAAGCGGCGGCAGAAGGGGAAGAUAUAACCAUUGAUAUCCCAAAUCGGACUGUACGGGUUGGGGACCGGGAUUUUGCCUUCCAGUUGUCCGACAUGGAAUACAAUUUGACGGUAAACAACGGUAUAGCGGCGUCGUAUAAAAGGUUCGGCAAGGGUAUAUGGGAAACAUUCACCAGAGAGAAAUCAAAUACCACUAUAUCAGAGGUCCUGAAGACCGUCGAUGGAAACAAACCUGGCAAAGAACUUCAAUGGUAG